CCGAAUUGCUUUUUUUUACAAAAAAUUUUUUAUAUUGUAUAACAACUUGCAAUUAAUUAUAUUCGCUAAAACGAAAUAAUUAUUAAAACAAUAUCGUUAUUUUUUUUUUUAUUAAAAUUAUUUAUAAAUGGAUACAUCAAAACAAAAUAUAAAUACUACCGAAAAUACAAUAGAAAAUAAUUCUAAAACUGGUGCUAAAAAUUUAUGGAAAGAAUGUGAUGAAGUACAUCAGUUGCACGCUACAAUUUUUUCCAUUGGUUCAACUAGUACUGAAUCAGAUGAAACUAAUUUUCUUUUUAAAAAAAUCAAUAUUAUGGAUUUAGAAAAAAGAAAAGAAGUUUACGGAGUGUGUGGAGAAUGUAAUGAACCAGGUACAGGAGAUCAAUGGUGUCAACCUUGUAAUGCUAAAAGAUUUAAGGAAAAUUUUAAAAAUUGGACUAGUGGAAAUGAAAAUAUUGAUAAAUUUAUAAAACAAUCACAACUUAAUGCUUUACAUACUUUUAAAUGUCUUGAAUGGAUACCUUUUGAAAAAUUUGAAAAUGUUACCUAUAUUACCAGAGGUGGUUUUAGUAAAAUUUAUUCGGCUGACUGGUCUGAAGGAAAUAUUGAAUAUUGGGAUAUAGAAAAUCAAAAAUGGGACCGAACUCCAAAUGUGAAAGUUGCAUUAAAAAGUUUGGAUAAUUCGUCUAAAAUAAGUAAUGAUUUUUUAAAUGAGAUUAAAUAUUAUAUUUCAGGGCAUUUUUCUUGUUUUAAUACCGCCAUAUGUUAUGGAAUAACUCAAGAUCCAGACACCCGAAAUUAUAUGAUGGUUUUACAAUAUUAUGAGAAUGGAGAUUUGAGAAAUAAUUUAAUGAAUGAUUUAGAAUAUAGGCAUAAAAUUAUUAAUUUGUAUUGGAUAAUAGAUGGACUUUUAGCUAUUCACGAUGCUGGAAAGGUUCAUAAAGAUUUUCAUUCAGGAAAUGUAUUAUUAGAUGGUGACAUUCUAGCUAUUAGUGAUUUAGGAAUGUGUCAACCAGCAGAUGAUAAUGAGCGAAAAGGAGUUUUUGGGGUAAUACCUUAUAUGGCACCAGAAGUUUUACGUGGACAUCAAUAUACACAAGCAGCAGAUAUUUACUCAUUCGGAAUAAUGAUGAAUGAACUUAUGUCAGAAGAAAUUGCUUUUAAUGAUAUUCCUCAUGAUCGUACUUUGGCCGUUAAAAUAUGUAAAGGAUUUAGACCAAAAAUUUCUGAAGAUACACCAAAAUUAAUUGCUGAUUUGAUUAUCAAAUGUUGGGAUGCUAAAGCAGAAAAUAGACCAACUGCUAAAGAAUUACUUCGAAUAUUAGGAAAAUAUUCCGAUGAACUUAGCGAAGAUGAUAGCGAAAUUUAUUCUCAAAUAAGAGAGUGUGAAAAAAUUAAAGAGAAUAAAUUAAAAAACAGAACAAAUGAAAAUAAACCUAAAAAUUUUCAAAUACACCCACAAGCAAUUUAUAACAGCAGACUUUUAAAUUUCGAAAAUCUUCCAGAACCAGUUAAUUCAACUGAUUAUUUAUCUUCAUUUCAAGAGCCCGUUUCAUCAACAUCAGUAAAUCCAAUUUCUGAACGCUUGGAUUGUGAAUUGAAUGAUUUAGAUCUCAAUCAAAACGAUGAUGAAUGAAUUUUACAGUAAAUUAGUGUAUUUCAAAAUUUUUGGUAGUCAUUUUUUAUAAUUUUUUUUUUUGAUUUUCAUCCACUAUAUAUAUAUUAUAUUAGUCACAGGACUGAAUGAUUGGAUGAAAAUGGGCCACGUAAUUUUCACCAAUCAAUGAAGGGCCCUGUAACCGAUAUAGCCCCACAUUUAAUAAAAGUGUUAUCGUUCUGACGUUUUUGAUAAUGCAUUUAAUAAUUAUAACAUCAUAAAUAAGCUUUAUUUAACUUUCUAUAAAUUUCAUAUUAUGCUAUUUUUAAUCCACUUUAUAAGCUUUAUUUAAACUUUUCCUAUAAAAUUUCAUUUACACCAUAUUUUUUUACUCCAC